UACGUCUCCCUCCAACACUCAGGCUCAGGCUCCUCUGUGGCCAUCCUCUUUACGACCUUGCACGAACUUGCACGACGUUCAGAUCUCCUUAUAUUAUCUCCCAUCGUCCGCGCGCCUCAGUUAGUCCAUUGUCCGCGACGCUCCCCCAUUUCGACGCCCGCUGCUAGGCAUUCAUUUGAAGACUUGCGUAUUCUCAACCCUUCUUUCUGCUCUUUCGAGACAUGGAUAGCUGGAGAGUAGCCGUCCUCGGUGACGGAGGCGUAGGAAAGACGGCACUGGCUGUCCAGUUCACGCUCGGUUGUUUUGUUGAGACUUAUGAUCCAACGAUAGAAGAUGCAUACCGCAAGCAACUAGUGGUUGAUCGGCGGAUGUGCUUCGUUGAAGUAAUUGACACGGCGGGCCAAGAGGAAUACGCGACAUUGCGUGACCAAUGGGUCAGGGAAGGCCAGGGAUUUAUCUUGGUCUACUCAAUCGCAUCGCGGGCGACAUUCGAGCGGCUAGACGUGUUCCGACAAGCAAUGCUCAAAGUGAAGCGACAGAAGCCGAUCUUCAUGCUCGUCGGCAACAAGUGCGAUAAACAGUACGAACGGGAGGUGUCGCGCGAAGAGGGCGCAGCCCUCGCGCGGAAUUUCGGAUGCGAUUUCCUCGAGACGUCAGCCAAGCACGCGACCAAUGUAGAACGGCUAUUCGUGGACCUCAUCCGGCUACUACGGCAAACAAAGCAGCAGGAGCAAGGCGUGCAAGGUCCACCACGACCACCGAACGAGGGGAAGAAGAAAAUGAAGUGUAUUGUCAUGUAGGGGCACAUCGAGGACUCAUAUAGAACUGACCCACUUCUUCCUACUUACCUCAUCUCAUGAUACCAUUUCUCUCUUCUCAUUUGGGUUCUUUUACGUCUGGUUACGCUGCUGGGUACACACCGUCAUGCUCGAGAUCCGGCUGCUUCACGAUGUUACAUAUCACCGACUUCACGACGACCUCACCACGCUGUGCAUAGUUCAUUCUGACGGAAUAUCAUACUAUGCUUACUGCCUCGAAUGGUUAGGGUAACGCCGCCAUUCAUUCACUGCGUUUUUAUCAUCGGGCUAAUGAUUGUCUGCUCCGCG